AUGUCAAUACGUCAUGUUGAAUUCAAUAUGAACGAGUUGGUAAAGUGUGCUGCUGAGUCAGUCGGCUUGACAUCUGCACAGUGUGUCCAGGUGGAGAAGUUCCCUGACGGAAUGUUCAAUAAGACCUUCCUCUUCACAAUGCACAACGGUACGCAAGUCGUUGGUAAAGUACCGAAUCCGAACGCGGGGCGAUUUCACUACACCACUGCCAGCGAAGUGGCAACAAUGGAUUUUGCUCGUAAUGAGUUACACACCCCAGUACCGAAAGUGUUAGCUUGGAGCUCUAAAUUAGAAGACAACCCGGUUGGCGCCGAAUACAUUAUCAUGGAAAAGGUCGCCGGCGUCCAGCUCAGUACAGUUUGGCCUGCGAUGGGUAUCAAGGAAAGAUUUGAACUCGUGAAAACAAUAUCUGGAUAUCAAAAAGCCUGGAUGUCGAAAUCUUUCACCCAAUACGGAAGUCUGUAUUACUCCGACAUUGAAGAUUCCGAUGUAUGUGCCCUUGCGAAGAGGGGUAGUUCUAUCACUAAACACCGUCGAUUUGCUGUUGGCCCGUCAACAGGUCGCGAAUUCCUCGAUGAUGGUAGGAUAGGAUUGGAUUUUGAUAGAGGCCCUUGGAAUAGUGCAGAGCAGUACAGGUCAGCGGUUGGCCUUCGAGAGAUUGCGUGUGUGCAGGAUAUGACCCGAUUACCUCGAUCUCUGUUAUCGCUAUAUGGGCCUGGCACGUACCGCCCCUCUCGUUCUAAAAAGACAGCGGCUCUUCGAAACUAUCUUCGUCUCGUAAAAUACCUUCUACCAACGGACCCAUCCAUCACGUCUGCCUUUCUAUGGCACCCUGAUCUUCAUGCAGAGAACAUUUUUGUUCGUCCCGAGAGGCCGGCAGAGGUACUAGGUAUCAUAGAUUGGCAGUCAAGCGAAGUAUUACCGCUUUUUGACCAUGCACGCCAGCCAUACUAUCUUGAUCACGAUGGCCCUCCAUCGACAGGCCUUGACCCACCAGCGUUUCCGGAGGAUUUCGACAAACUCGAUUCCGCCGAGCAAGCGGAAGCCCAGGAUCUGUAUCUAAAAAUGUCGCUCUCAGCCUUGUACCGAAGAUUCACUUACAAUACCAACACAACCUUAUUCAAAGCCAUGGAAUUCCGGCAAACCGCCAGUUUUGAGAUGCCACUUCUCGCUCAAAAUCUCCUGAUAGACGGGGAGGCAUUCUAUCAAUCUAGAUGUCUUGAUCUUGAGGAGGAAUGGACAGCCCUCCCGGGCGUGCAAGCCGCUGGGAAUCCACCGUUUCCUCUACAGUUCUCUGCAGAGGAGGUUGCUUUGAUUGACGGGGAUGUUUCUGGUGCAGUCAGAGGCAUGGAACUAAUGCAAAACCUAAGGCAAUCCCUAGGCCCGAUGUGGCCUGACAAGGGUGUUGUACGACCAGAGCAAUAUGAUGAAGUCAAAAGGCUUCUCAAGCAAGCAAAGGCGGAGCUGCUUGACCAGCUAGCACAUUCCGAAGCAGAAAGAGUUGCAUGGGAAGAAGCAUGGCCAUUUGACUAG